AUGCAUGAAGUCGUUGAUGCGUCGAUGAUUCGGACAGCCAAAAAGAACAACGUUGUGCUCGAAAUGAAAGAGUUCAAAAUUGAAGUGCAACGAGCCUCCCAAAGAUUUGCUAUGCGCGAAUCAUUAUGCUCAAUAACUCAUACACAAGUCGUAUCCAAUGAUUUUCUCAAUGCUCCGUUGGUAGUUGGCUCACCACAGAAAGAGAUGGUUACCGGGACUACGGACGUGAUUGACCCGUUUUCGGCCACAGGUACCUUACCUCAGAGGCCUAAUCGACAAGCUCUACCUCAAACCUCCAGUCUCACGGGCUCUCUUGACAAUUACACUUGGACUGUCACCAAUUCCUCAAUCGGGCGCAAACAACACCAGAAGACAUACCAGAUUGCUAGCAAACGACCCGGCGUGCUUUCCGUUGCAGGCGUUUACAACUUCACAACGGGCAACCUCUGA